GCUCAAGAAAAAAAAUGAUUUCAUUGUUGUUUCCACGGUCUCCUUUGUGCACAGUAGCCAUACUAUUCUACACAUAUGUGUGCAUUCCUUUAGGGAAGUUGAAGAAUCAGUGUGGAGAAGUUAGAUCGCACGAUGAUGAUGACGGUUAUAACCUAACCAGUGUGAAGUUCGGAGACAAGGAAAAGAAGGAGGAGGAAGAGAUAUGCUGCUCAAUAUGCCUUAUGGAUUAUGAAGAUGAGGAUGCGGUGACACAUCUUCCAAGAUGUAAUCAUCUCUUCCAUGUCCAUUGCAUUGAACCUUGGCUUCUCCGUGGCAGUCUCACUUGCCCUCUUUGCAGAUCUUUUGUAUUCUCUCAAACUCCUACUCCUCCUACCCACAACAAUGUCAUUAAUGCUCAUUCCUCUUCCACCUUCCAUCUCUCUCUUGUUUCCUUUUUCUUCUUGUUGUUUCUCCAUCAUCUGAUUGAAUACUUGUUGUAGCCUUCAUUCUUUGUUAGCACACUCAUUCUUUUAUAUAUAUUUACAGUGUAUUGUUUUGUCUUCAUUACCAAACACAAAGACAUAAUCGCGUUGAUGUCUCCAUAUGAUAUGAUUAUUUAAGAAAUACUAAACAGAGACAACAGCAGCACUAGCUAUUAGUUGUACAUGAAUCAGUCCUAUGUUUCCCUCCAGAUGAGUUGUUACCUUGCGUGUGAACUGUGAACCAAACAUUUUUGAUGUGUGUCUAAAGCCCAAUCAGUGACAGGAUUAGUAGAAUCAUUUUUUUGAUGGAGAAAACGGACAUGAGUUGCUUAUGUCAUUGCCUAGUAAGAUUUUGCUUGCCAUCAGUUUUCUUUUUGACUGUGAAUCUAAGAAAUCUUAGAAGCAGAUACAGCAUACACGUGCAGCAAGGUGCAGGGGACCCACUUUAUGUUGCGGAAGGACAGCCAAAAUGCUUUGAUCCAGAUAUUGUAUAUGCUACUCCAGCUGAAGAUGGGUACAAAUGUGCACAUUCCAAUAGA